AUGGUGAAUAGGAGUGAUUUGGUAGUGAUUGGCAUUUCGGUUGGGCUUGCACUUGGCCUCUUGCUCGCUCUGCUCUUGUUCUUCGCCAUAAAAUGGUACCAUGACCGCUCUCACCUAAGGCGAUGCGCUAAUGAACAGAAUAUCCCGACUCUACCCAUUCACACUGCUAAAAGAGGCGUAGUAAUCCCUGAUGAUAGCGCAAGCACAGCACCUGAGAAUGCAGCACCAACUCAACAUCAGCCAUGGUGGAACAACCAUAACAAAGAUCUCACUGUAUCUGCAUCCGGGAUACCCAAAUAUCACUACAAGGAUAUUCAGAAGGCGACACAAAAUUUCACAACCAUUCUUGGACAAGGGUCUUUUGGUCCUGUGUACAAAGCGCUUAUGCCCAAUGGAGGUUUAGCUGCAGCAAAGGUUCAUGCCUCUAAUUCGAGUCAAGGGGAUAGAGAGUUUCAAACCGAGGUAUCUUUACUUGGGAGGCUACAUCACCGGAAUCUUGUGAACUUGAUAGGUUACUGUGUCGAUAAAAGUCACCGGAUGUUGAUCUAUGAGUUCAUGAGUAAUGGAAGUUUGGAGAAUCGUUUGUAUGGCGGUGAAGAAAUGCAAGUCUUGAAUUGGGAAGAGCGGCUUCAAAUUGCUCUUGACAUCUCCCACGGCAUUGAAUACCUUCACGAAGGAGCCGUGCCACCGGUUAUUCACCGUGAUCUUAAGUCAGCCAACAUAUUGUUAGAUUACUCCAUGAGAGCUAAGGUAGCUGAUUUCGGGCUGUCGAAAGAGAUGAUUUUUGAUAGAAUGACUUCUGGAUUGAAAGGCACUCACGGAUACAUGGAUCCAACGUACAUUUCGACUAACAAAUACACGAUGAAGAGCGACAUUUACAGUUUCGGUGUCAUCAUCCUUGAGCUCAUUACUGCAAUCCACCCCCAACAGAAUCUGAUGGAAUACAUCAACCUGGCUUCGAUGAGUCCAGAUGGUAUCGACGAGAUAGUCGAUCAGAAGCUAGAGGGCAAUGCAAGCAUUGAAGAAGUGAGGUUAAUGGCAAAGAUUGCAAACAGGUGUGUGCAUAAGACACCAAGAAAAAGACCAUCCAUUGGAGAAGUCACACAGUUCAUACUAAAGAUCAAGCAAGGUCGGUCUGGAGGAAGAAGACAGGACACAAUGUCUUCAUCGUUUGAUGUUAUUGAUGGAGAAGAUAUAUCAAGGGUUAUAAGCAGGAUUAAGGAUCAGCAUGUUGAGUUAGGGUUAUUGGCUGGUGUUAAAGAAGAUGAUCAUCAAGAGAGGAACAAUACAACAACAUUGUAA